AUGUCGGUCGAUUGCUCUCCGAAUGAAAAGUCGGUCCAGCGCUCGGAUUCAAGGCCCGCGCCCCGCUUCAUCAUCGAGGCCGGGUCCAGGGACAGCAGCGGUGUUGGCCGCGAUCUGGAGCGCGAGAUGCAGGACCGCGACCGCGAACGGAGGAGCGCAUGGCUCGACCAGGAAUACAACGGUCGCCCUGCAUUCCAUCAACACCACCACCACCAGCAGAGCCAGCUGCCACCACCGGCGCCCUCUUCCUCGUCGCCUUCUUCAUACCACAGCCGGCAUCAUCACCAUCGAUCAGUAGGCUCAGCAACAGGAGCUGGCGCUGGAGCUGGAGCUGGCGCAGGCGCAGGAACAGGAGGCGCGCCAUUUGAAGACCAGGCCUUUUCCCAUCCCGCGUCGCCGUCGCGCCGCCCACGCACCCCGCCGCCGCCGACACCGCCGUCUGUCUUUGGUUCGGGCCGUCCCAUGCCAUGGGAUCCAGCCUCUGCCGGGCCGAUGUCUGCGCCUCCCUCGAUUGUGCCUCGGCAUCCAAGCGGCCUUCAGCCUGCCACGACGACGGCUGCAGGUGCGACGACGGCCGGCGCGGCAUCGACAUCCUCCUCCUCCUCUGCCUCCAAGGCCAACUCCUCUGAGCCUCCCACGCUGCCGCAGCCGGGCGGCGGUGGCGGCGGCCCUCUCUCGCACCGCACCUCGCCUGGGCUGCCCAGCCUGAUGCGUGGCGACAAGUCGCACAGCAGGCUGCCCAGCUGGGGUCUCCAGUCCCAGCCUGGCUCUCACCGAGAACAGCAACAGCAGCAGCCGGCCCCGUCUGGGGGCGCCUCGUCGCCUCCGGGCACGAGCAUACAGAGUGGCAUGCCUCGCCUGCCUGCCUUUCGAGGAUCCAGCGUCGGUGUUGGCGGCAGCAGUGGCGGAGGGGGAGGAGGAGGAGGCUUGGGCACGAGCACGGGCGAUGGCUAUUCUCGAUCCGACGUCCUCGCACCACUCCCCAUCGCACCGCCUGGCCUGGACAGCCAUCGCCGCCGGCCAGCAAGCGAAUCGCCGCCCAACGCAGGCAGAGACCGAGACAGAGACCAUCGGGAUGCCCUAGACCGGGAGCGCGAGCGGAGCCGACACCACCAGGCGGCCUCGUCGAUGUCGUCGCCAGCACAGCGGGGCGACCCCAUGAGCAUGAGCUCCAUCCUCGGCCCCUCGUCGUCCUCGUCGCCCUCUUCUGCGCGGCAAGUCGGCCAAGAACCUAUGUCGCCAGACAAGAGGAGGAGGAUGGAGCAGCAGCAGCAGCAGGGACCCAGCUCGAUGCUUGCGCCAGCCAGCAGCAGCGUCGGCAACAGCAGCAGCAGCAACAACAACAACAACAACAACAGCAGCAGCAGCAGCAGCAGCAACAGCAACAGCAAUGCAGCCUCGGGCAACCACGCGAACUCAGCAAUGUCGUCGCACGAGUCGGCCGCAGCCAACCUGGCCCGUCGCAAGUGGAGCGGGCCCAUUGCCGAGGAGGCCGCACAGCAAGCCGCCGCCUGGCGAGUCCAGGAGCAGGGCCGGUGGCCUGGCCAGACGCGCAGUCCAAAGGUGGGCAUGGUGCCCCUCGGAGGAUCUGCGCCUGGCUUUGAGAACCGCAGCACGCCGCCGUUUGCGCCCCCGCCCUCCCACCAUGCUCACCGGCCUGCCGCAGCAGGCGCCGGUGCCAGUGCCAGUGCCGGUGCCGGUGCCGGUCAGGAGGGACACAAGCGAAAGCGCAGCGACGGUCCUCAGCUCGACAGCAAGCCGAGUCCCAGCUUCCGCGGCGGUCCUCUGGCGAGGGAGACGGGACAGCAGCAGCAGCAGCAGCAACAGCCCUAUCGAAGCCAUCCACCGCAGCAGCAGCAACAGCAGCAAAGCCCCUACUCUCAUCCAGCCCCGCUUCACUCGAGCAACGCACCUCCUUCCUACGCAAGUCAACAACAGCAGCAACAGCAGCAGCCGGCAUCGCACCACCAGGCCCAGCAUCAGCCUCAGCCGCAGUCUCAGCACUACGGGCCGUCGCCGGUUGCACGACACCAUCCUCUCCAGUACGACGAGCCGCCCAGGUAUCAGGGCUACGACGCCCACGGAAGGCAGGUGAUGGAGAUGGACGUCGACGGCCACUACGGUGCCCAGGCCGCAGGCCCGCCCCACCACGGCCAUGAUCGCGCAUACAGGGCAGCGCCGCAAGCACCACCGCCGCCGCCGCCGCCGUCGGCCGCGCCACCGGUCAGCCCAGGGCCGGCACACAUGGCCUACGACGACUACAGGGAGCGCCAGCAGGACUAUGGACCAGCGACGCAGCAUCGCAAUGGCCAGAGCGGCCGCACCUCGUCGCAUGGCAAGCACGGGGGAUAUGCAACUCAUCAGCAGCAACAGCAGCAGCAGUCGCCUCCCGCCCCACCUGCUGGCCCCCUCGCUUCGCAGCAGCAUGGCCACGGCCAGCUUCCACCCCACAGCCUUGGCCCACACCACCCGGCGCACAUGCCCGGUGCCGGUAAAGGACAACCGUCGACGACGCAUGCUGCUGCUGCCGCCAGUGCUGCUUCUCAGCGCUCCGCCCACGACGCCAUGAUCCAGCGCGGCGAACGGGAGCGAGAACGCGAGAGGGAGCGCGAGCGCGAGCGUGAGCAGCGUGAGCAGCGCAUAAUCGCCAUCGAGAGGGAAAAGGCACGUCCGCCCACGCCUGUCGCUCCUGGCCCAGCAAUGGGCCUUCUGCCGCCGAGCUUGGAACGCCAGCAGCUCGAGAGCCAAGCCACAUCGAGGUCUGUGCGCAGCCGUGUGCCGUUCAAGGACUUUGACGCUGGGCCCAAGGUCGACAGCGAGGCCGUGUGGGAGACGCUCGAGGCGCUUGCGACGCGGUCUGCCAAGGCAGGUGCUGCUGGUGGCGCUCUCGACGAGGAGGCCGCCUCUUCGAUGUCGAUGUCGGCAUCCGCAGCGACCGCGAACGCGUCCGACGAGGCCAGCGACGCCAAGCAUGCCCGAGCGACUGCCAAGUCACAGGGACAGGGACAGGGACAGGGACAGGGACAGGGACAGCACCUCGGAAGCUGGCGCUACGACGCGACAAAGAGCCCCCUGCUGCCUGGCGAGCUGCUGGCCAGCCACGUCGGCGCCACACUCGAGGUGCGCAUCAGCGGCGCCUGGCUCGGGCCUGGGCCACGCCGCGGGCAUGGCGAUGCGGCCGACGAGCAGCCGCAGGGGCGCUGGAGCCUGGGCUGGCGUGGCCGCGAAAAGGCAAAGGAGGAGGGGGAGGCUGCUAUCACAACGACGACGGCGGCGGCGGUGAACGGCGCAACUGCCCAGGAAAAGAAGAAGAGCAGCAAUAGCAGCGAGGACGCCCCCACGUCGCCGCUCUCGGCCUUCUCGGCUGCACGGGCCUUUUGGACCCAGCGCUGCCUCAUGCGCCGCGCCCUCUGGGGCACAGACGUCUACACCGACGACAGCGAUGUCGUCGCCAUGUGUGUCCACGCCGGCUGGAUCCAGGGCCCGGACAUCGACGAUGUGCCCAGCUGGGUCCCGCCUGGCCGGGCGGUGUGGGCGUGGAAGGAGAUGCACGUGCAGGGCGAGGACAUGGGCGGGGACAUGGGCGGGGACAUGGGCGGGGACAUGGACGAGGAUGGAGAGCAGCGGCGGGAUGUCGACGAUGCAAAGACAACAACGCCAGCAGCAGGCACGUCCGUCGAUGUGGACGGGACCAUGGAUCUGAGCGUGACGCUGCGCAUCGCGCCGAAGCUGAUUGCCUACAAGGGCAGCCAGCGCAGCGGCGUCAAGAGCCGCAGCUGGGGCAACUCGCACGACGGCGUCAGCCUCGUCGUUGAGGGCGUCUCGCUCCGCGCGCCCGGCUAUGCGACCGAGGAGCGCGGACUGCGGUCCCUCAAGCCGCGCAUCGACCGGCUCGCCAGGCUCAAGACGCUCGCGACCAUCGCUGGCGACGUGCGCGACGGCCACGAGGUUGACUUGGGCGCGCUUGGUAGUGGCGCCGCAGGCGAGAAGAGCUUCAUGCUCGACGUGUGGGAUGUGGCGAAGCAGGUCCGUCGCAAGCAGCAGCAGCAGCAGCAGCAGGACUCGACCAAAGGCAACGACGGUGAAGAGGAUAGCAGCAGCAAACCGUUUUGGCAAGUCGACGCACGCAUGGUCGGAAAGGCGUAG